GAGUCACCGCGGCGCUCGCCUUUAUAACGACGGUCUGGAGGCUCGCGGGAGCCGCUGCGCCUGCCAGUCCGUCACUCCGCGCUCCACCCAGCGCGCCCCGGUCCCCGCGCCCCUAACCGCCUCCGGCGGCCGUCCAGUCCCGAGGGCACCAUGAGGAGCCCACGCUACGCCCCACUCCUGCUCCUGCUGCUGCUGCCACCGCUGCUGCUCACCCCCCGCUCUGGGGACGCCGCCGUGAUCACCGGGGCUUGUGACAAGGACUCCCAGUGUGGUGGAGGCAUGUGCUGUGCUGUCAGUAUCUGGGUUAAGAGCAUAAGGAUUUGCACACCUAUGGGCAAACUGGGAGACACCUGCCAUCCACUGACUCGUAAAAACAAUUUUGAAAAUGGAAGGCAGGAAAGAAGAAAGAGGAAGAGAAGAAAAAGGAAAAAGGAGGUUCCAUUUUUGGGGCGGAGGAUGCAUCACACUUGCCCAUGUCUGCCAGGCUUGGCCUGUUUACGGACUUCAUUUAACCGAUUUAUUUGUUUAGCCCGAAAGUAAUCACUCUAGAGUAGAAACCAAAUGUGAAUAGUCACAUCUUAUCUGUAAAGUCUUAUUUGUGAUUGUGCCAAACAAAGAAUGUGCCAGAAAGAAAUGCUCUCGCUUCCUCAACUUUCCAAGUAACAUUUUUAUCUUCGAUUUUUAAAUGAUUUCUUUUAAUCCAAAGGGAAUUUUAAUUUUGGAUAGAAAUAUAAAGUGUAAGGCAUUAUGGAACUGGCCCUCAUUUCCCUGUUUGUGUUUUGGUUGGCUUUGACUUUUAUUUUUUUGAUGUCAAAAAUGUACUUAUUUUCACAAAAAUUAGGAAAGUAGGAAUUUGAUAUUUUGUUAAAGAAACUUUGUUUUCUCACCACUCCAAGCCCCAUUUGUGCCCCACCACAGAUACACACAUACAACCUUUGGUCUCUUGCCUCUUCCACCUCAAAGAAUUUCAAGGUCCUUACUUUAUUUUUCUCCAUGUCUCUUCCCUCUUCUUACAUUUUAAAGUGGAGGGUUUAUCUCCUUGAGUUUGAUGGCAGAAACACUGUUGGGAAUCCAGCUUUUUGCCUGCUAUUUAAAUAGUGAAAAGAGUGUAUAUUUGAACUUGACACUCCAAACUCCUCUCAUGCAGCAGACGCUGGGAGUGCUGCCGGAGCCUUCUUAAACCCCUCACUCCAAGAGGACUUCACCUCGGUUGAUGGGCUAGUGUAUGGACAGAAGGAAUGGAAAGCCAACUUAAUUUAGCCCAGAUUUCUAGAUUUGGGUUUUUCUAAAAAUAAAAGAUGACAUUAACUUCUUUUCCUUUUUCUAAAUUUUUUUUUUUUUUUUUUUUUUUAGUCUCCUACUUAGAGAUAUUCUAGAAAAUGUCACUUGAAGAGGAAGUAUUUAUUUUAAUCUGGCAUAACACUAAUUACCAUAUUUAAAUUGGUAUUAAGUUGUAAUUUAAACCUUGUUUGUAACUGAAAGGUCAGUUGUAAUGGAUUGCCGUUUGUACCUGUAUCAAUAUUGCUGUGUAAAAAUUCUGUAUCAGAAUAAUGACAGUACUGUAUAUCAUUUGAUUUAUUUUAAUAUUAUAUCCUUAUUUUUGUCAUGAUUGUUGUCAGUUUUUAUUAUCAGCAGAUUUCCAAGUAGGCUACGUUUCAACAUGGAUAAAGACCCCAAAGUUGGUAAAAUAGCCCCAAAGAUGAUGUGCAUUUUCAUUUUACAUACAGCAGAAUUCUGUAUGGAAUCUGUUAAAUAAUAAAAUCUGUUGCAUGGAUUUUAAGGUGGUUCAAAAAAUAAUGCAUAAAUCAGCGAGAUCUUGGAGCAUGAAGGAAAAUGUUGCCAUGCAAAACUGAUUGUAAUGAGGAAUGGACUCAUGGGACUGAAGUGUUUUGACUUGGCAGACAGUGAUGGGAGUGUGUCCCGGGUGGUUAGGCAGGGUGCUAGGUGCUCCCACACAGUGAUGCCAACGUAGGCUGGCCUUGAAAACCCACCAAGUAUUGUAAAUAGUUUCAACGUCGCAAAUAAACAACUUAAGAAAUGUGUUUAACUGACUAAACUUGCCCAUGCCAACCCACCAACCAUUUCCAAACACAGAAACUGUCCAUUUUGUAGUUAUUGACUCAGCUUGGGCUUACGAUUGCAUAUUGUAAUUUUACCCCUUGGGCUAAUGUGUCCCAUAAGUGUGUGGGAGUUUACUGUGUUAAUUACCAAGCUUGGUCAGAAAAAUGUUAUUUUUGGUUGUUUAGUUCGUGUUCAAGAAACAUUCCUCUGUGAGUUUGCUGAAGAAAAUUCAACUUCAACAAGUGGAAUUGUGAGUAAAGAAACAGGCACUUUGGCGA